AUGAAGAACCCAUUCGUAGCAGGCAUCGUAGGCCUGCUACUCUCCUCUGUGGCUGUCUCCAGCCCAGUAGCUCUACCGGAUGACGGCAAGCACACCUCCUUCGAGCUUGACAAGAGACGAUGCGGCUUCUCAACCUGGGAUUCCACCAACGUCACCAACUGGUUUGAAGCCGACACGGAUGGGUGGUUCAAUAAAUGGUGGCACAAGUACCUGGGCGGUAACGGAGGGGGCCUCAGCCAGGUUAUUGUCAACGGAUGGCCAAAUGAUUUUGUAAACCUUUUUGGGAGAAUGUACUUGAAUGGGAGUGAAAACUAUCACUGCCAAAAGCCCAACGACGUAUGCUUCGGCGAUGUCUUCUGUGGAGACAUUGCCUGUUCCGGUAACUGGGGAGAGGAAUGUAAAGACCACGAUAAGCAACGGCCAGUCUAUCUGGUAAUGCAGUCGGUCCAAGGAUUUCAGGAUUACUUCAGAGACCUCAUCCAAGCUCUUGACGAGAGCCAGAUGAACCUCAAUGGAAUGACCGCCUACCUUUCCGAGAACUUCUUCCCUCCCAUCAACAAGAGGUUCGAGGAAUUCAUAAGGGAGCUAACCAUCGCACUUGGCACGGUGGUCUCAAUCGGAGCGGGCUUCUCCAAGCUCACCACCUGGGUGAAAGCUACCGAUCUCAGAAAGGAGUCCGCUGGAGCCUUCGGCAACCUCGUCAACGGCAUCGGGGCAGAGUACCGAGAAGUGGUUAAGCUACCAGCCGACCAGAAGUUCUCAGACUUUGCCGAGCUGGGCGCCGUCAUGACCAACAUCUUCGAGCAGACCCGGACCAUGCUGAACAACAUGCAGGAGAACAUCGCCAUCGGCAACUACUGGCACGGAAAGAGAUUCCUUGACUACGCCAAGGGCGGCGCGUUCCUCCGGGGGCCCGGCCCCGAAUUCAGCUCGACGCCGCGCGAGUCGCAGCUGUCGACGCUGCGGCGGUACCUGCAGAAGCAGUUCAACGCGCGUGCCAUCAACUACAUCUGGCGGCAGCAGAAGAUCUUCAUCACGUACACGACGGACGUCGACGGGUCGUGCGAGCAGGACCGGCAGGGCCCGCAGGACAUGAAGUACUGCCGCGACGGCGACCCGGGCGUGUACUACCUGUACUUCUGGCACGAGCGUUCCGUCGGCGCCGGGCUCACCGUCGGGCUCAACACCUUCGCCACCGGCAAGAUGGACCACCCCGUCGGCUGGGACAAGCUCGCGGCCGGCUGGGUCGAGCCCGGCUACCGCCUCGCGCUGCGCGACGUGUUCGAGGCCUCUGUCGCCGCGUACCGCGCCCACGGCUUCGCGUACGACGGCGAGAACGCGAUCAAGCGCGCGAGCGCGGCGGCGGCGGCCCAGGGAUCCGCGCCGCGCCCCUGGGAGCGCGGCACGGCGUGGGAGGGCACCUUCACGAUCCCCGUGUGCGACACCGGCGCGGUCAGCUACAACGUGCCGCUGGGCCAGCGCAUCAUGCCGUGCGGGUGCGGGCGCGGCGGCGCGGGCGCGGAGGUGGCGGCGUGGCGGCGGGCGGCCAACUUCGAGGGCUACCGGACGUACGACGAGCAGUGCACGGCGGGGAAGCAGGCGGCGCGGCGGCAGGCGCGGCGCGGGGGGCGCGGGAACGCGGAGGCGGCGACGCCGGCGCUGCCCGGCGCCGUCAACGAGAUCCAGUGCCUGACGGGGGACGGGCCGGCGGCGCGCGCGAUGACGUCGCACAUCUCGGCGUGCUCGGCGGCGGUGGCGAGCCUGGGCGCGGACCGCGGCCGCCAGGUCUGCACCCGCGACUGCGCCGACGGCGCCGCCGGCCAGAACAGCCGCUGGUGCCGCGUCGCCCUCGACAAGAGCAACAUCCACCAGUGCGCGCUGACCGUCGCCGCCAAGGACCGCGCCCACGGCGGCCCCGACUUCGCCUGCCUCACCGUCGGCGACGCCCAGGACUUCUACGCCAACGCCGCGGCUACCGUCGAGAAGGGCGGCAAGGGCUGCCACGUCGUCGGCACCCCCGACUUCGCCGCCACCUUCGUCACCCCCGACGGCAUGGCCCGCUGGUGCCUGAGCGACUACCGCCACGCGAACUACUGCACCAUCUAAAC